AUAAAGAGAUGGUGAAAAUACCCACAAUGUCCCCUUCUCCCCUCUUCCACUGCCCCACCCCCUCCUUCUGUUCUUCCCCCAAACAACCACACGCAGUAGAGAGAGAAACUCUGAAGCUGAGAGAGAAGGGGAGGAGAUCGUAGGGUAAGAUCUUCCCACGAUCGUCAUAUUUCCCAUGACGUUACUUGUUUGAUUUUUCAUCUACAAAGCAAGCCUAGAUCUUCUCCAACAACAGAGAAGAAGAUCUAAUCUUUUUCUUCUUUGACCUGGACGAUGCGGGGUGGCAGAGCACCUCCACAGUUCAAGCAGUCACCGGAGGGAGAUCCCGGUGUCGGAGAAAUCAACAGAUCCGGUGGAUCCAAGGAGAUCAGGUUCAGGGGAGUGAGAAAGAGACCGUGGGGAAAAUUCGCGGCUGAGAUCAGAGACCCUUGGAAGAAAACCCGUGUAUGGCUCGGGACCUUUAACUCGGCAGAGGCCGCCGCUCGAGCCUAUGACGCCGCUGCUCGUAAUCUCCGUGGUCCAAAAGCCAAGACCAACUUCCCGGGGUCGCCUUCUCCUCCUCCUCCUAUUCAUCUAUCUCCUUAUCGAAACAAUCAAUUUGGCCAUCGGUUAAGCGAUUCAUCAUUCGUCGAUCAACAGAUGUUCCCGCAGGAUCAUCCUAUUAUCUCCCAGAGGCCGACAACCAGCGGCAUGAGUAGCACGGUGGAGUCCUUCAGCGGGCCACGGCCUCCCCGGCUUUCCACGGCGGUACCUUCUCGUCCAUUAGUAGUUCCAGAUGAUUGCCACAGCGACUGCGAUUCUUCCUCCUCCAUUGUUGAUGACAUGGACUGUGACUAUAUCGCAUCUUCUUCAAGAAAGCACUUGCCUUUCGAUCUGAACAUGCUCCCCGCAGAGGGAUUAGAGGAUGCCAAAGCCUAUGAUGAGCUUCCAUUCACUGAUCUUUGUCUCUGACGGCGAACGGUGGUGAAUCUUCAUUGUAACCAAUUUGAUUUCCUAAUUUUACUUUUAUUUUAUAUCACGAUAUGGAAAGGGAAGAGGGGGAAAUCAAGAAGAAGAAGAUGAAAGUGGGUUAUAUUAGGGUCAAGACUGAAUCUUUGUUAUCAUAAUGAAGGUUUGGAACAUCAAAUGGGGUUUGUCUGUGACAAGCUUGCUGUUUGAACUUUGAAGUGGAUUUUCAUGCUGAUUAAUUAACAUGGCUGUAUCACUUAGCUGAUGCAUUAUGCGAUUUAUUUUAUGGUGAUGAUCUUUGUGGAAUGAUAACCAUAUGUCACAAUAUCCCUUUAAGCAUAGUAGUUGUAUUCACAUUUGCGCGAUUCUUCUUACACUGGCAUGAGGUGUGUCUUCAUAUGCUCUUCAUUGAUUGUCAUGUAUGUUGUGUGACUUGUGUCUUUAGCUUGAUGACGUCUCUGCUUUUUAAAGAGUAGAUUUUCUCUUCUAUUAUUGUGAUCAACUGAUGUUUUGUUGCUGUGUCGGAGUAAAUGGUUAUAUUAUUUUACAUU